UUAAAUUCUUAAAAUAAAAAAAGCGCAAUAAUAUAUUAAUAUAUUGUUGGGGGCCAAAUAUCUACACCUAAAUGGUGAGAUAGUCUUGGCAAUUGUUUGCUCUUUUUAAUUGAACAUCAAUCUUCAAAUUCCAUCAACCCACCCCUUUUUUCCUUUCCUUUCCUUUCCCUUCAGCCUUGACUUUGGAUCCAAAAACGCAGAUAUCGAAACCGUUUUGCUCAACAGACUCUGUUUUCUGUUUUAUCAGUAGUACGCUGCCCACACACCCCAACACUUAACAGAAACGGUUACAGCAACCGUAACAAAAAAAACAUGGGAGAAGAGGUUAAGAUCGCCGACUACCCAGGCGGCGGCGCCGACGACGAGCGUGUUUCCGAGUGGGAGCUUGGCCUCCCCUCUCCCGCCGACCUUCCGCCGCUCUCUCAGGCCCUGAUCCCGCCGGAGCUCGCCUCCGCCUUCAGCAUCACCCCGGAGCCCUACCGGACUCUUCUCGACGUCAACCGCGCCUCGCAGGACACCAUCUCCGCAAUUCGCGGCGGCGCCUCCCAGGCCUUCUCCUCCAGCAAUUUCCAACUCGAUGACCGCGCCACCGUGUUUGAGCCCGACGCCACGGCGUUUGCCGAUGAGGAAUUAGAGCCCGAUCGAGAUGGCUCUGGCUCUGAUUCCAGGAAGCUCCGGAAGAUCGACAGCGCCGCCGAGGAGGCUGAUUCGGCAGCGCCACCGGCCAACGACGAUCCCUCCGCCCGGUCAAUGAAGCGGCCGCGCCUCGUGUGGACGCCUCAGCUUCACAAGCGCUUCGUCGACGUGGUGGCCCACCUCGGAAUCAAGAACGCGGUUCCGAAGACGAUUAUGCAGCUAAUGAACGUAGAAGGAUUGACUCGCGAGAACGUUGCGAGCCACCUUCAGAAAUAUCGCCUUUACUUGAAGCGAAUGCAAGGGUUGUCCAACGAAGGUCCUUCUUCUUCUGACCAGUUGUUCGCGUCGACUCCUGUGCCGCAGAGCUUGCACGAGUCCGGCGGUGGUGGCGGAAGCGCGGGGCAUUCCCAUGGAAACGGACACCUUCCGGUUCCAAUUCCGUUGCCGUAUCCAGGUCCGCCGGCGAUGAUGCCAAUGCCGAUGCUCGGGAUGCCUCCGAUGGGUAUGGCCGUAGGGAACCACCACGGAUUCAACCCGUUGGCGCAGCAACGGGAUUGGUCCGGUGCGAAUAAAUUUGGUUCCGUUGUUUCGUACCCUCAGAGUCACAGUCAGGGCGUCACUCCUAGUGAUAAAUGAAUUCCAACUUUUGAAUUUCUCAUCUCACUAUUAAAGAUUCAAAUGUUAAAUUAAUGGUCAUUCCUUCAAGUCAGUUUCGGAGGUAGCUCCACGGAUGAGCAACUUCAUAAUUCACAUGGAGACAUCAUUGAGCCAAAACUACAGUUUGAAUAGUAAUAUGUAACCUUUCAGCAGAAUGUACAUACCUAUUCAUUUGCAUCAUAUUGUAGCAGCAAUCUACCAUGUGGUCUGCCCAAGGACAGCUGAUUCUAAAGUAAAUCCCUAAUUUUUACUUUGAUUCAUAACUACUAUCUAUCUAUUACGUUUUCUACUCCUGAAUAUGUUUAAUUCAUAAGGAAAAUAUUUAAGCCACGCAUUUUAUAUUUUGUUUGUUUCUCAUUUUAGUUCACUUAAUAUUAUGGAUAAAGCUGUUGAAGUUUGCCAGCAUUGGCGUAGAGUAUAGACUGGGAAUACAAGAUGGUUCCCCACAUGUUAGUGUAGAGUGACGACUAGAGGUACGGUAAGAUGCAUAUCUGAAAAUGUUUGGAACAGGAAGCAAGAUGCACGGUGUUGGAGAAUUUAAUUCUGUUUGGGAUAAAUAUUAUGAAUCAAUUAAAGAAUUCUUUUUAGCACAACAACAAUUUAUACCUUAGCAUCAUAAGGACAAAAUUUUGACUCCAACUUAGCACUUUACCCAUUCCCUUCCUAAAGAGAUAGCACCAUAGAUUCCCCUUUAGAAUAACACUUUUCAUUGUGGUUUUGCGGGACAAUUUUCCUUUUCAUGCUUUGCCAAUUACAAAAGUGCAAAAGCGAUAUGCAUGCUAAAGAGGGAUGUGUGGAAAAAUAUG